AUGGCUCUCUCCAGUUAUAGUCAGAGCCAAGAUCCUUCAGUCUACUUGGCUAAAGAGAUUGGAUUGGGACACCCCUCUUCCAGCGGAGGAUACAAAACAAUGCGUUGGAUACAAUCAGGAAGCAGCGAUGAGCAGCUGGAACUUCACGGCUUCGCCGACGCCUCAGAACGAGGUUUUGCCGCCGUCAUCUAUCUCCGCUCGGCAUCAGCCAAUCACAUUUCGUCUCACCUCCUGGCGGCCAAGACCAAGGUCGCUCCAAUUAAACCAGUGACGCUCCCCCGACUUGAGCUCUGCGCCGCCGCCCUGCUGCAGAAGCUUCCCGAAGCUCACUGGAAACACGUUUCGGAUCGAGAAAAUCCCGCGGACUGCGCCUCAAGGGGAAUUUCGCCGAAGAAGCUCCUGAAUCAUCCUCUCUGGUGGACCGGGCCCAACUGCCAGGAACACGCUCAAUGGCCAAUCAACACCAGCGACGACUCCCUCGAGAGCAUUCCUGAAAAGCGAAUACAUCUUUCAGUGAACACGUAUCGCAACGACUCCGAGCCGGAAAUUCUCCUCCGAUUCUCAAACUUACACAGGCUCUUGCGAGUCUCUGCCUGGUGUCACCGAUGGCGUAAAAUUACCGUUCACGCCCAUGACGUCACGCUACAUCCAGAUGAGAUCGAUGCGGCUCUCCUCCGGUGGCUUAAGGUAGUCCAAGGGGUCCACUUCGCCUCCGAACUUACCGCUGCACGCGAUUCUCGUCCAAUGCCGCAUCGCAGCCGCCUGGCUAAGCUGGCCCCAUUCAUAGACGACCUUGGAAUACUGCGGGUCGGUGGUCGGCUAAAAUACGUCAUGCUCUCUUAUGACGAACGUCACCCGAUAGUAGUUCCGCCAACGUCAUGGCUGACGAAGCUCUUGGUGAAAUCAUGCCAUCGUCGGACAUUGCAUGGAGGGCAGUCCAUCUGGAUGUUGCGUCAGAUUACUCUUCUGAAGCCUUCCUCGCUGCAUUCCGCCGGUUCAUCUCACGCUCUGUGUAAAGAGAUGUACCCGGAUUGUGGCACAAAGGGCCUAGCGGAAUAA